AUGGAGAACAUUCUCGACAGCUACCCAGAAUAUGUAUCAACUUCGCGGCUAGAUGAUCUGCGCGCUACCGACUAUGGCUAUCUCGACGAACAAGAGCACAUCUAUCUCGACUUCACAGGUGCAGGACUCGCUGCGCGAUCCCAAAUUCGAGCCCACGAGACCCGACUCCAGGAAACCCUCUGCGGCAACCCGCACUCCGUCAACCCAACAAGCCAAUCUGCCACUCACCUUGUCCAGCAUGCCAGAGCCCGCGUACUCUCCUACUUCAACGCUUCCCCAGAAGAGUACACCGUAGUCUUCACACCAAACGCAACUGGCGCGGCGAGACUGGUCGCAGAAUCGUACCCUUUCAAGAGACGAACCAGACUGGUCCUCACGUCCGACAAUCACAACUCCGUCAACGGCCUUCGAGAAUUCGCGCGCCGAAAACACACGCGGACAGUCUACGUUGCUGUCCGCGCCCCGGAGCUGAGGAUAGAUCCGUCUGACCUCAUGUCAGCACUAAAACCUCGCAGGGGUGGCUUAUUCGGCACAGCAGCUCCCCCACGCAGCAAGAGGAGUGGCCUAUUCGCGUACCCUGCACAGAGCAACUUCAGCGGCGUCCGUCAUCCGCUCUCGUGGGUCAGCGUCGCGCAGAAACAGGGGUAUGACGUGCUCCUCGAUACGGCGGCCUACCUGCCGACGUCCAGACUCGACCUCUCUUCGGCAUCGGGCGUUCAACCGGAAUUCGUCAUUGUGAGCUGGUACAAGCUCUUUGGCUACCCGACCGGCGUCGGCUGUCUGAUUGUUCGACGCGAUGCGCUGGCGAGGCUCGCUAACUCACGACCUUGGUUUUCGGGUGGAACGAUCACGGCAGCUUCGGUUGGGACACCGUGGCACGUCAUGGCACCAGACGAGACUGCUUUCGAAGACGGCACGGUUAACUUUCUAUCAAUACCGGAUGUUGCCUUUGGGUUGGACUGGCUCGAGACCAUAGGCAUGCCGUUGAUUGACACCAGGGUCAGGUGCCUCACCGGCUGGUGCCUCGAUCGGUUGCGAAAUCUGGAACAUAGUGACGGGUCGCCCAUGGUUAGGAUAUAUGGUCCAACUGAUAUGAAGCUCAGAGGCGGAACCAUAUGCUUCAACUUUCUGGACAUUGGUGGGAGGGUCGUCGACGAGAGAUUGGUCGCCAAAGAAGCCUCUGCUGAGAAGAUAUCCUUGCGAACUGGCUGCUUCUGUAACCCCGGGGCCGGCGAGGCUGCUUUUGGUUUAGAUAAGAGGGCAUUGUUACCGCUCAGUAACAUCCAGAGCAAUUCAAUGGAUGACUAUAUCAGGCUACUAGCGCCUGUUGGUGCCGUCCGCGUCUCGUUCGGGUUCAUAACGACGGCAGGGGAUGACCACCACUUCUUAAUUGGCCACCUUCUAAACCAGGCUCGCUCAGGAAACCCCAUAGAGCCAUACCUCUCAUGGGCCCGCCAAUGGCCAGAUGAGCCCUUCAUCAAGUUCACGGGCUUGGGCAACUCGGACUGCCUAAUGAUCAACAACCUCGAAACCUUCAAGGAGGUCUUCCAGACAAAGAGCUACUCCUUUAUCAAGGCACAAUUCAACACACGCAUUGUUGAGCAAAUAACUGGCAUCGGUAUGGUCUUUUCAGAGGGCGACGUCCACAAAGCGCAGAGAAAGUUGCUGUCACCCCCGUUUUCCAUCAACAACAUCAAAAAGGCGAUUCCGCUCUUCCAAAGCAAGGAAAAAGAUCUCGUCCAGCUCUUCGAUAUCCAUAUAGAGUCUCAACAGGGCGUUGUAGAUAUGUCUCAAGCGUUUAGCCGCGUCACAAUCGACAUCAUAGCAUGGUGGACACUCGGCAUUGACCUCCAAGCAACGCUGAACGACUCCUUCUUCCACCAAGCGUACUAUCACAUGUUCAACCCUUCGCUCUUCGGCGCCGUCCUUAUGUUAAUGACCGGAUAUAUUCCAGAAACGCGCUCGCUCCCUUUUGAAGAAAACCGGCAGUUCAAUGCCAACUGCGAGGGAGUCCGCUCGAGGAUGCUGGAUAUCAUCAGAGAACGCUCUUCAGAGAUUGACGACGCGGUCAAGAAGGACGCCGUGGACAAGAUGCCCGAUCUCCUCACGCACAUGAUCCUCGAGUCGAGGUCCAUCGGCGAACCUUGGUCCGAAGAUGAAAUUCUCGAAAACUGUCUCAACAUGAUGGUAGCAGGCCACGAGACCUCGGCUACGACACUCACAUGGGGAACGCACAUUUUCACUCUCUACCCCGAAAUCCAAACCAGAGCUAGGGACGAAGUCCUCAACCUCCUCAAAAGAAAUCCGAACCCGGAGUAUCGAGACCUGGAAGAAGGCCUUCCCUUCAUUGACAACCUCACAAAGGAGAUCCUGCGCUUCUACACCCCAGGCAUCCUCGCCGCCCGCGAGCCGCUGGACGACAUCACCAUUGCGGGCACGUUUGUCCCCAAGGGAACACCACUCUACAUGUUUCCGGCCCUCAUCAACAGGAGUAAGCGCAUCUGGGGCGACGACGCGGACGUGUUUGAUCCAGACCGUUGGGACCGUCUCACAGGGGAGGCGGCCAACCCGCACGCCUUUGCGACGUUCCUGGCCGGGCCCCGGCAGUGUAUCGGUAGGGCGUUUGCGCUGCUUGAGAUCAAGGUCAUCUUGGUGGCGAUUUUGAGCAACUUCAAAUUGGAAGCCACGGUAGACCCCAAAGACAUUGAACUCAUUAACCCUAGCCCCGUCAUGAGGCCCAAGGGGGGUUUGAAGAUAAAGGUCAGCCGGCUGGAGGCAGCUGACAUCAAAAAUGCGUACACGUAA